AUGGUCUACCUCCACUGGGACCAUGACGAACAUGAGCUGACAACAUUUGAGCUGCAGGUCCAUACAACUGGCUGGGUGGCAUUUGGAUUCAGCCCUCAUGGAGAGUUGCUUGGAUCUGAUAUUGUGAUAGGAGGUGUCUUCCCAAAUGGCAGUACCUACUUCUCUUUUGCCAUUCUAGCUGAAGAAACCAAAUAUGCAUGUACCUUUAUCCCACUGCCCAUGGUCAAGAAACACCGUAUCUACAAGUUUGAACCUGUAAUAACACCCCACAACAUAACCUUGGUUCAUCAUGUUCUUGUUCAUGCCUGUGGCAAUGCCAGCACGUUACCCUGUGGCAUAGAUGGUUGCUAUGGAGCCAAUCCAGAUUUUGCCCUGUGCUCUCAGGUGCUUGUGGGCUGGGCUGUUGGAGAGGUGAGUCUGCAAUUUCCAGAUGAAGCUGCAGUUUCCAUAGGGACACCUUGGGACCCUCAGUACGUCUGACUAGAAAUCCAUUACAGCAAUUUUGACUUGUUACCAGGUUUAAUGGACAGCUCAGGGGUACGAAUCUACUAUACUCUGGAGCUAUGGAAAUAUGAUGUGGGGGUUCUGCAAACAGGCAUCUUCACUUUCCCUGUGCAUUUCAUUCCUCCUGGAGCAGAAUCCUACAGAUCUUAUGGCCUUUGCAAUUCCAGCCAGUUUGAUGAAAUGAAUGGGAUGUUGGUUGCAGAUGUACAUGUUUUCGCCUACUUGCUUCAACACCUGUCUGGCAGAGGAGUGAAAGCUGCUCAAUACCGCAAUGGUGAGCAGCUGAGGAUCAUCUGUGAGGACAAUAACUUCAGACUGCAGGAGAUUCGGGACAUGAAGGAAAUCCUCAUAAUCAAACCAUGUGACCUACUGUGUUCCCUGGGGGAUGAGAUCCUGGUUGAAUGCAACUUUCAGAUAUUGGCUCGGUCAGGGAUUACUUUUGGUGGGCCAACCACCAUGAAUGAGAUGUGUCUCACAUUCCUCUUCUACUACCCUCAUAACAACAUCUCCAGUUGUAUGGGCUACCCUGACAUUUUGUAUGCUGCACAACUCAAGCAGGAGGCCUCAGAUGCAGUGGAAGGAAUGAUGGCCAUAGACUUUGUUGACUGGGACAACAAUACCGUCAAAAUUGCAGAGAAAGCAGCCAAGGAGGCAGAUCAAGUAGUCAUGAUUAAAACCAUUAAU